AUGCAGGGCAUUCCAGUAAAUAUCACUGUAGGUUCUCAUGUGUGGAUUGAGGAUCCAUCAGUUGCUUGGAUUGAUGCACAAGUAUUAGAGGUUAACGGACAGGAAGUUCAGGUUCAGACCUCUGAUGGGAGGACGGUUGUAGCAACUUUAUCAAAAACUUACCCCAAGGAUGAAGAUGCUCCCGAUGGAGGAGUGGAUGACAUGACUGAACUUUCAUAUCUGCAUGAGCCUGGAGUCUUACAUAAUUUGGCAACAAGAUAUCAACUUAAUGAAAUCUAUACAUAUACUGGAAGUAUUCUUAUAGCCAUUAAUCCGUUCCAAAAGCUGCCUGAUUUAUAUGAUGGACACAUGAUGCAAAAAUACAAAGGAGUACCACUUGGAAAACUAAGUCCUCAUGUCUUCGCUAUUGCUGAUGCUGCUUACAGGGCAAUGAUAAAUGAGGGUAAAAGCAAUUCUAUAUUGGUUAGUGGUGAAAGCGGUGCUGGUAAGACUGAAACUACUAAAAUGCUUAUGCGCUAUCUUGCCUUUUUGGGUGGCCAUAAAGGCACUCAAAGGCGGACUGUGGAACAGCAAGUACUGGAGUCUAAUCCAGUACUUGAAGCAUUUGGCAAUGCCAAAACAGUUAGAAAUAACAAUUCAAGCCGUUUCGGUAAAUUUGUGGAGAUUCAGUUUGACAAGAAUGGAAGAAUAUCCGGUGCAGCUAUUAGAACGUAUCUCCUUGAAAGAUCUCGAGUUUGCCAAGUUUCAGACCCUGAACGGAACUAUCAUUGUUUCUAUCUUCUCUGUGCAGCACCCCAGGAGGAGAUCAAAAGGUAUAAGUUAGGCGAUCCCAAAUCAUUUCGCUAUCUCAAUCAAUCAAAUUGCUAUGAACUAGUAGGUGUUAAUGAUGCUCAUGACUAUCUUGAGAUAAGGAGGGCAAUGGAUAUUGUUGGAAUUAGCGAGAAAGAGCAGGAGGCAAUUUUUAGUGUUGUGGCUUCUGUUCUUCAUCUUGGUAAUAUAGAGUUCGCAAAGGGCGAUGAAAUUGAUUCAUCAGUUGUGAAAGAUGACAAAUCUAGGUUUCAUCUUCAAACUACUGCCGAGCUUCUGAUGUGUGAUGUUACCGCACUGGAGGAUGCCCUAUUGAGACGUGUAAUGGUCACUCCUGAAGAAGUUAUAAAGAGAAGUCUUGAUCCUGAAGCUGCAGCCGUAAGCAGAGAUGGCUUAGCUAAAACAUUAUAUUCUCGGUUAUUCGACUGGUUGGUGGACAAAAUAAAUAACUCCAUUGGACAAGAUCCUAACUCAAAAUAUCUAAUUGGUGUUCUUGACAUUUAUGGUUUUGAAAGUUUCAAAAGUAAUAGUUUUGAACAAUUCUGUAUUAAUUAUACAAAUGAGAAGCUGCAGCAACAUUUUAACCAGCACAUGUUCAAGAUGGAGCAGGAGGAAUACACUAAGGAAGAGAUAGAUUGGAGCUAUAUAGAAUUUGUGGACAACCAGGAUGUUCUAGAUCUUAUUGAAAAGAAACCUGGCGGCAUCAUUGCUCUUCUUGAUGAAGCCUGUAUGUUCCCCAAGUCAACUCAUGAAACAUUCUCACAAAAGCUUUAUCAGAUAUUCAAGACCAACAAACGCUUUAUCAAACCAAAAUUGUCCCGCACUGAUUUUACCAUUGCUCAUUAUGCUGGAGAGGUUCAAUACCAGUCUGAUCAAUUUUUGGAUAAGAACAAAGACUAUGUUGUUCCUGAACAUCAGGAUUUGUUAAGUGCUUCUAAAUGCCCAUUUGUAGUGGGCCUUUUUCCUCCUGUUUCUGAGGAGUCAACUAAAUCUUCAUCCAAAUCUUCCAAGUUCUCAUCCAUUGGUGCUCGUUUCAAGUUACAACUCCAAUCAUUGAUGGAAACUCUGAAUUCUACAGAACCUCAUUACAUCAGAUGCGUGAAGCCUAACAGUCUUUUGAAACCUGCAAUAUUUGAGAAUGUUAACAUUAUGCAGCAGCUGCGUUGUGGUGGUGUUCUAGAGGCAAUUAGAAUUAGUUGUGCUGGCUAUCCUACGCAUAAGACAUUUUCUGAGUUUAUGAAUCGAUUUGGUCUUCUUGCUCCAGAGGUCUCGGAAGAGCAUGUUGAUGAAGAAGUUGCGUGCAAAAAGAUACUAGAAAAGACGGGGCUUGCUGGUUAUCAGAUUGGAAAAACAAAGGUUUUCCUGAGAGCAGGGCAGAUGGCCGAGUUAGAUGCACACAGAGCAGUAAAGCUAUCCGCUGCAGUUAAGACAAUACAAAAGGAAACUAGAUCUCAUAUUUCUAGGAGAUAUUAUGUUUCUUUGCAGAAGGCUGCAAUUUGCUUACAAUCCUUGUGUCGAGCAAGGUUUGCUUUCAAAUUGUAUGUCACCUUGAAAAGAGAGGCUGCUUCUCUCAGAAUCCAAACAAAGUUUCGUGGACAUUUGGCCAGAAAAUCCUACACCAAACUUAAAUUAGCAGCCAUCGCUUUUCAGACUGGAAUUCGAGUGGCAGCUGCACGAGCUAAGUUCAGAUAUGAAAAACAAACGAGGGGAGCAGUUAUUAUACAGGCCUAUGAGCGUCGUCACAAACUCUUGUCAUACUAUAAGAAACUCAUAUGGGCAUCAAUCCUAACACAAUGCAGAUGGAGGGGAAUUGUCGCAAGGAGGGAGCUUCGCAAACUAAAGAUGGCUUCAAGAGAAACAGGCGCACUUAAAGAGGCAAAGGAUAAGCUUGAAAAGCAGGUUGAAGAACUUAGAUUGCAGUUGCAGUUGGAGAAACGUCUAAGGAUGGAAUUGGAAGAGGAAAAGGACCAGCAAAUAGCAAAAUUGCAGAAUUCAUUGCACGACAUGCAAAGAAAAGUGAAUGAAACAAAUACAAUGCCCAUCAGGGAACACGAAGCUGCUCCCAAAGCAAUUGAAGGAGACUCUUCGAUUGUUGAAAAGAAACCAAUAGACUCUUCAAUUGUUGAAAAGAAGCCUGUUCCAGUUGAGGAUGACGAAAGAAUUGAAGCUUUAACUGUGGAAGUGGAAAAUUUAAAGAUGUUAUAUCAAAAAGAAAAGCAGCGUGCUGAUGAUUCUGAAAGGAAAAGUGCUGAAGUUCUGGAAUCAAAUAAAGAGAAGUGCCGGAAGUUAGAAGAAACUGAAAGAAAAGUUCAACAACUUCAGGAUUCUGUUAACAGGAUGAUUUACAGCAUAUCAGACCAAUUCUCAGAGCUGAAAAUGAUAUUACGUCCCUCCUCCAGCCACAAUUCAGCCUCAGGAGUCAUUUCUAGAGGUUAUCCGGAUGAUGCCACAUCUGCUUCAGCUGAUGCUAUGUCUACCAACUUUGACUUCACAUUUCCAGCUCCGGGUUCGACUCCACCACAAAUUUCUUCCCCCGAUCCUCAUGCUUUCCAGCUUAUGGUUCAGGAUCUGGCAGCAGCUGAAAUCUCAGGUUCUGGUAACUGGGAAAAUGACCGAGAAGGGGUAUUUGAUGACUUCUUCUGAUGGAAAUCGCUCUUCAAUUUGUUAUAACUCCAUACACACUAUAGAGAUGCUAACCCUAGAUGGAUAGCCUAUGUGGCUCUUAGCACGCAUCUCAACCAAAUCUAAACAACUACCUCUGUACAGUAACAUUCAGGUUGAUGAAAAGCUGACCAACCUAGAUUCGGGAAAGAAUCAGCAAGCUCUGUCAAUGGCUCAGAACAAUAGAUGCUGUUGGGAUGCUCCAGAUCAAUUAUUCAGGAUCAGCAUAGCACAUCACUGAAUUCAAGUGCUAAUUCAGAGGUCGAGGGAAGACCGCGAAAAUCACUUAAUGAGAAAAGGCAGGAGUACCAGGACUUGCUCAUUCACUAUAUGGCACUGCACCUGCUUGCACUAUCUACAAGUGCCUUAGGCAGCGGCGGUCAUUUGAAGUUGCGAGGACCCAGUAUCUUUGACAGUACAAUACAAUGGUUUGGCAAGCUAUUUCAGCCUAUUGGCUAGCUGACAUAUCCACUCGGUUGGUGCUGCUGGAACAUGCAUUGAAAGUUGGAGUACUGCUGGGUAAUACCUCACAGGCAGUCACAUUGGCUACUCUAUUCCAUAGAAUGACACAGAACUAUCAUGGAACCCCUCAAGGUGUAAAUCUUUCUCCCAUUGAUGGUGAUUCAGCUUGCGUGCUGGAUACCUGCGCCAGGCUUCAAGAUUAUCCAGACCAGACAUACUUAAUGAGACUGCUAACACACUCGCCAGUGCUGCUAGUCAGGAAAUUUGAGUGCUCACUGGCAACAUGUCAAGAACCUUGCUAUCUAUCUGAACAUGAUGAAAUCCAAUCAUGUACUGAUAUACAGGACGACACAUCUGCUCAGUAGGACAACAUUCGUAUCAGCUUAUUGGUUUAUAGCACAGCUGACAAGUUGCAAAUUGUGGAGAGACCAGAUGCGCUUUUAAACACGUGUGAACUUUGGAAUGCCUAUAUAUUUAAGAGAGAACACUAUAAGCAAAAUUUUGCCACAGAAUUUUGCUAGUAACACACCGAGCAUAAUUUUGCAGCAGAAUCAAAAGUUCAAUAAACAAUCAAUCAACUAAAUCUGUAUCCAAAACUAGUUGAAGUACAUUUUAUAAAUCCUCUGUAUGAGUUUAGAGGAUUCGUCAUAAUUUAAUUAUUUUUACAGUGGGCUAUCAGACUACUUCAUUCCUCAUCCUUUAUCUCUGACUUGAGAAAAAUAAAGACGUUGUUUGUACCAAAUGACAGAUGAUUUGGUAGAGUGCAGCAGUUAAAGAUCUGUCGCACUGACAAUAACCUUUGUAUAUGGUAA